GCAAAUAUUCUAGUUCUGAAAUAGAAUAAUUUCUUCACCUAAAUUUUUAAUAAAAAAAUAAAGAUUUAAGAAUCAUCAAUUAUAAUUAAAGUUUAAAUUAAGUAAUGGUUAUCAUCCAUCCUUUAAAAGGUUGAAAUUCCAUAUCUAAACCUUUCCUUUUUCUAUCUAAUCUUUCUUCAAUGUACGAAAGGAAUAUAAAUCUUUUUAUUUCAAGUUAGCGAGUACUGAAAGUGUGAAAAGAAAAACUCUCUCAUAAUCAAGGUUCAAUUCAUCAACAAUAAGAAAUCAAGAUCCAAAGUAUGACUUACUUGAUUAAAAAGACUUUAAUAGUACUAGAUAAUCUAUAUUAAAGAUCCCCAGUAAUAAAACAUUAAUGAAAAAAUCUUAAAAUCUUAAGUAAGAAUCAAAACACAAAUUUCCUCUAAAAAGGAUUCUCGGCUGAAAUGCCUCUUCAUAACAUGAAACAAACCCAAUUUCACUACAUGAUAUAAAAUAGUGCAGUAUUAACAUAAACAAAAAACGUGUUAGCAUUUACAUAUGAUUUAUGUGGAAAAUAUUGUAAUGAAAAUUGGUAGUACUAUUUGGUGAGAUGGAAUGAGAUCCACAGUGAAAAAUGGGGAAAAGCAAGAGAAAGAGAGAAAGCCCAAUAGUCCCUGUCAGCGUAAUAUCAUCUUGAAACGAGGGUUGAUGUGUUAAGGACACUGAUCCUCAGCACUUGUACAACCUGUCACCAGCAACUUACAGGCUGGCAACCCUACGGUUCCCAUAAAAAUGCCUAUUACCACAUCACGACGAAAUCCAAUGUGGCAACCGGGUCCAAAAUCCAAGGCUUCCCUUGUUUUUCGCCUCUAUAUAAACUCGCCCUCACCCACCUUCCUCUCCCCCCUUCAUCAGCAGAUUCCAGCUCAUUCAAACUCAAAAACAACUGAGUUGAGUUCAAAAAAUACAACAUCAACAUUAAAAUCUACGAAUCUGAAAAUGGGUAUUUGUAGUUCUUGCGAUUCGACUCAUGUAGCAACAGCCAAGUUGAUUCUCCAAGAUGGAAGAUUACAAGAGUUUCCUUACCCGGUUAAGGUUUCUUAUGUUUUACAAAGUAAUCCCAUGUGCUUUAUCUGCAAUUCUGAUGAAAUGGACUUCGACGAUGCCGUAUCAGCUAUUGAAGAAGAUGAGGAGCUUCAACCUGGUCAACUUUACUUUGCUUUGCCAUUGAGUUGGCUUAAACAUCCUUUACAAGCUGAAGAAAUGGCUGCAUUGGCUGUUAAAGCUAGCUCUGCUUUAAUGAAAAGUAGUGGGGGUGAAAAAUGUGGGUGCAGACGUAAAACGUUUACUCCUUUUGCGUUUUCAGAAGAGCCUCCUAGCCGGAAAGUUGCCUCCGCCGUCGGUGGAGGCGGUGGUGAGAAGAGCGGGAGAGGUAGGAGGAAGUUUGAGGCUAUAUUGAGCGCUAUUCCUGAAUAGAGGGGUUAUUUUGGGAAAUGAAGAGUGGUAUAUUUGUAAAUAUGUGAUGAUAUUGAGGACUUCUUAGUCAAAUCAUUGGUAGAAAUGGGAGGUGGUUGACCGUCAUUCUGGAUGUGUCGAUGUGGUUAGCUUCAAGUUUAGAAUUCUAUUAUUCUAGUCUCCCUUUACAUUGUCCGAUUGCCCAUGUGAGGGUCGUGUUACGAUUUUACCCCUGUUUGGGUCAA